UAUUGACAUAUUCUUCAACCAAUUGCAUUCAAAGAAUCUAAAUUUGACCAAUGGGGAACGGGACAAGAUUGAGACGCAAGAUUUCAUCAUGGCGGCUAAUGAAUUACACUAUUAGUAAAUUUAACCUCACUACAUUCAACACUAUGUUAAACAUAUACUUGCAAUUUGUACAUACUGUACAAUCUAGGAAAGUUACAGAAACAGUAAGAAAAAUCUGCACCUCCUAUCAGCUGUAUAAAGAAGUUCCAAAAAGUCUGAAAGGUCGUAGCAAAAGUUCACAAGAAUGGUUAACAAGGCAACUUGCCGAUCCAUACGUAGAAAAGGCAAAAGUGUUGAACUACAGGUGCCGUAGUGCAUUUAAACUGAUUGAAAUUGAUGAUAGAUUCAGUCUGCUUUCUCCUGGACAGUGUGUUGUCGAUUGUGGUGCAGCACCUGGAAGCUGGACUCAAGUUGCAGUACAUCGGGUUAAUGCAAAUGGGAAAGAUGCCAGGAAACCUGUGGGACAGGUCAUAGCUGUCGAUCGUAAUCCAAUAUAUCCAAUAGAAGGUGCUAUGUUGAUGGGUGGAAUAGAUUUCACAACGCCUUCUGCCCAUGCAAAGUUACAGGAGCUAUUGGACGGCAAGAAAGUGAACACUGUUCUGAGUGACAUGGCUCCAAAUGCAAGUGGUAUUCGUGAGAUGGAUCAUGAAAAUAUUGUGCAUUUGGCUUAUUCUGCAUUGCGAUUUGCUGUGCAGGUGUCAUGUGUAGGUGGAUCUGUACUGCUCAAAGUAUGGGAUGGACGUGAAUCUGCCAGACUAGAACAAGACAUUGCAAGGUUCUAUAAGCAGGUGAAGAUCGUAAAACCUCCUGCUAGCCGUUCAGACUCUGCUGAGAAAUUCUUGUUGGCUAGAAUAUUCAAGGGCUUAAAAACAUAAUAUAUUUUCUUAAUAGGAUGUUUUCAAUUAUGUGUGCAUUGAAUUCAGAAGGUACUUUGAUAGAAGUUAGGUUGUCUUAUCAGUAUUCAUGCACUCUUUGAACUCCGUAUGUAAAGUGGGUGCAUAAUGAGGAUGUCAUCUGUCUGCCCAGUAAGUGAUGUUCACGUACCGUGAAUGGAGUAGCCUGCCCCGAGCCAAU